CUUCCUCCUACCUUGACAACAAGUGUAAAUUAAGAUGGCGCCUACCGAAGGCGAUAGGUUCUGCUGAUUUAUUUUCUACAUAUUUCCUCUUAGCAUAGAUAAUAAUGAGCACUGCAGUAGCAACACAGCAACCUAGCCAGUCUCUUGGAUCCCCAAGACAGCAAGAUAGAAAAGCUCUGGUUUCCUCUGAUGGCAAAAAUGCUUUACCAGAGCUCAGGAACAGUGGCAAUGCUCUGGACAAGAGGAAGCCUCUCCCUACUUCACUACAGAGUGAUUUCAUCCCUGAGGAUGUUUUAUUUGCACUGACUCAACCCCCUCCAGUCAGAGAACAACUAGGACCCCCAACCAGGAACAGGAAUCUGAAUGUUACUACAGUGCCUUCUAGAGCUCCACCAUCCAAUUUAUGGAGUCACAAAAGAAGGGAAAGGUUUAAGCACCUCACAGAAAACACACCAUGUAUUUGUGGAGCUGGAAGUGAUAUAUCCUUCCUCUACGAUGUCCCUCUCCCUGAGAAGAAGCUGGAGCGGCCAGACAAACUGGACAAGAGUUUUGCCAGAAAAGAGGCCCUGGACAAACAGAGGAAGAGACCAGCAGGAAAGGAUGAUAAACCUUUGGAGCUCCCAGACACCUUGAUUCCAGAAGAAUAUCACAUUGUCAAAAACAAAGGGGUCAUGGGUAUUGAAUUUCAUGAGGAUAAAUACAGUAACCAAGUUGAAGACCAUGAAAAGCAUCUUGUUGUGUUUCCCUCCAUGAAACCUGCCAGUCGAUUUGAGGUGGUGCAGCUGAAGAAGACAAUGGAUGAUAUGUUGGACAAGGCGGGGGUGUAUGAUACGGACGCCGAGAUCAAGGGACCCACACAGAUGCACAAUUUGCUGGAGUUGAUAAAGAAAGAACAGAACAUUUACAACACAGUCUUUCAUGAAGUCAUCCGACAGGUUAGCAUAGAGUGUGUGGAGAGGGGGGAACUGCUGGCCAAUCUCCGCCAUAAGUACAGCGACCUACUGAACAAAGUCCCUCAACAGAUCAAGAGUUUACAUGAGGAGGUCAUGGCUCAGAGGGCCCUGGACAGACGACUCACGGAGGAGCUGAUGAGAUUCAAAGGCACCAUUGGAAUACUGACCAGUGAGCUUUCUGCUGUAAAGGAACAUGACAAAAAAGUGACAAAAGAAGCUCAGCAAGCUCAGGAAGACCUGAAAACUGCUCUCUCUGAGGCCCAGAAGAAUGCCAGCCUUCUGGCUGAGUACCACGAUCUGUAUGAGCUCCAGAGGAAGAGACUGGAGACUUCAGUCCAUCUACUGACUGAGGAGAGAGAGCUCUGGAGCAAUGCCGCCUACAGUCUGGCCCUGAAGGUAACGGAAGAGGCCAAUUUGACUACAGCUAAGAAGCUCCAUGUAAGUGAAAAAUCGUGGGCCAAACUGGCCACUCACUUUACCAUCCUCCUGAGUGACAAGGACACGGAGCUCCUGACCAACCUCCAGACCCACGUAGAGAAGUGGCGCGACCUAGUGGAGGAGUUCAACAUCAUACUGAAAACCCGCGAGGAGGAAAUGAAAGUCAACAUCAGCUCCCUAAAAGGAAGCAUUCAAAAAUGGAUGAAUGAGAUCCGCAAAAUUUGCUUUGACGUGGAUGAGAAUGCUAGUAUAAGUACGCUGAGAAAAAUAAGGCAGAGGUUGCUCCAUAGUAGAGGCCUGGAGUAUACAAAAGAAGGACAUUUUCAGAAGUCGCCGGAUGAAGCAACACUGAGAUUGUUUCUGGAAGAUGUGAGAAAUUGGGAGGAGGUGCUUGGUAAGGAGGCGGAGAAGUUUGGUGGAGACACCCUUCUGAAUGGUCAGGAGAAGCUGUCAAUCAUCCGUCAACAGAUGGAUGGGUGGACAGACAAUGCCCUCAAAGUUUUCAGCCGGCACAGGAAGGAGGGGGCCAACAGUCACCCCGACCAGGAGGGGAUGAUGACCCUCAAUGAGGAAGUAGAGGAAUUGCUGAAACAAUUUAGCAACAGGAUCACUGGAGAAAAUGGGGUUGCUCCACACGCCAUCCACUUGAUGCAUGGUCUGGAGACCUGGGACAUGAAGAUUGCUGCCGCACUGAAUGGAACCCAGCUCAUCAACGACAAUGAGUGGAUCGGCCUCCUGAACCUGAUGGAGGAAUGGAUGACUGGCAUCGACGAGGCGGUGCAGUACGUAGGCUCCACCCAAAAGGAGGAAGAAAGGAUUGAGUCAAAACCACACAUUAGAUCGGUCACUUUCCUUGACGACAGGAGGAUUGAUGUCAUGGACACAGUAAGGAAGGUCCAGAAGUGGGCCACUACAGCCAGUAACGCUAUUGACAGUGAAGAUGGCAGGCUAGUGGAACAGGUGUCGACGCUCCACUCCCAGAUGGUCCAGUGGAUGGUACAGAUGCUGCUGAGAUUGGCCCCGGAUCACGAGGGCAACUCCAAGGAGGCCGCGGAUAUGGUCCUUCUGAACAGCCUGACCCUGGGACAGCUACACUCCAAUGUCAAGAUGCUGUUCGAACAACUCCAGCAAUUCACAAACUAUGUAGCUCUCUGUUGUAGUGGAGUUGUGAUGGACAACACACAGGCUCGACGCGACAACAUGGAGGACAACGCAGAGCAUGAACUGAGGGACCUCCAGCGACUCAAGUCUGAGUGUCUAGAUUGGAUCCACACGGCCAAGCUUCUGACCUGCCACCUGUUGGGGGACCCUGUCGAGACACUGUUCCCCACCGCUGUGUCAGGGGAUGAGCCCACUAAAAAGCCUGUCCCAGAAAAACCAAUGGUCACAUUCCACGACAAAGAGAAACUCCAGCCCUCAGCCCCAGGGUCAGAGCAGAAAACUGAAGUUCCACCAUCAGACUCAGCUCAAGUCGAUCAAACAGAAAAAGCAGAGGAAGAGGUACCACCAGUCAGGGAAGCCACAGAGGGAGAGGAGCAGAAACAACCAGCUCCUGAGUUGGUGCCACCUAAGGAAAAAGAAACAAGUAAAGAGAAACUUGAAGUGAUUGGCUUUGAUGAAAACACUCAUAUGAAAAAUCUUAAUUCAGUUGAAACAAAGCCCACUGCAUCCUCCACCUUUAUUCCUGAUGCUCCCAAUACACAGAAGUCUUAUGAAGCUCUGGCAGCUGUUGAGAGCCUACAGAACCAGCUACUAGGCACAGAACAGAGAGCACAGGCAGCAGAGGAUAGAGCUGCCAUGGCUGAGUCUGAUCUCGCAGAGGCCAACGAGAAAAUCCGCGAACUAGAAAAACGAUUGGCCAAACUAGAGAAGCAAGAUGAGGAUUCCACUGCUGGAGACAAGACCCCAGCUAAGGUCCCUGCCACCCCAACUACCCCCAGGGAUGAGUCCGGGGCAAAAGAUAAAUCUCCGGAAAAAAAGGAGGAGAAAAAGAGACCAGAGUCCCAGGCUUCUAAAGCCAGCUCCAAAUCCGGAAAAUCAAAGAAGGGCAAAUAACUCUAAAUGUUUAUAGUGAUUCCAUAAUUCUUUAAAUGACAUUUAAAUGUAAGAACAGAAUAUAAAUGUUUAUAUGGUGAAGUAGGUACUUUCUACACAUCAGUGAUCAUGUACCCUUGUGUCUGUGGUUUCUUUACUGCCAACUGCUGAAUAAACUGUUUUUGUUACUGUUGAUAUGGAUGAAUACUGCUGGUCAUAGUUUUGUUGAUGAAUUUGUAAUGACUAUACAUUGUAUAAAUUUGUACUGUCAACAGUUUUAGUACAGAUCUUUGAAAUAUGCCCUUUACUUUAAGGAAAGUUUUAUUAUAUUUAAGUUCAGUCAGUAUUGUAUUGUAUUGAGAUCACUAUUUCAGUGUAUUUUUUAUACAGAUUUAUUGAAUAUGCACUUGACAUCUGUUUAUUUAUUUGAAGUAUUCCACUGAAAUCUGUGAUAUAUGUUUUAAGUCUAUUGUUGCUGAGAGAUGUGCUAUUGAUGAUUCAUAAAUAAAAAAAAAACAUGCA